AUGCCUUUUGCGCAGCUGGUUAUCGGCCCUCCGGGUGCCGGAAAGUCUACAUAUUGCAAUGGCAUGCAUCAGUUCUUAGGCGCAAUCGGCCGCAAAUGCUCUAUCGUCAACCUCGACCCCGCCAACGACAAGACCUCGUAUCCAUGUGCGCUGGACGUACGCGACCUUGUCACGCUCGAAGAAAUCAUGGAUGAAGACAAGCUGGGCCCGAACGGAGGUGUCUUAUACGCACUGGAGGAGCUUGAGAAGAACUUUGACUGGUUGGAGGAGGGGCUGAAGGAGCUCGGAGAUGAUUACAUUUUAUUCGACUGUCCCGGCCAAGUCGAACUCUUCACCCACCACUCUUCGUUACGGAAUAUCUUCUUCAGGAUCCAAAAAAUGGGCAUCCGGCUGAUAGUAAUCCACCUCGUCGAUUCAUACACCCUAACCCUCCCCUCAAUGUAUAUCUCCGCCCUCCUCCUCUCCCUCCGCGCCAUGCUACAACUCGAUCUGCCGCAUCUAAACGUCCUUACGAAAAUCGAUAACCUCUCCAACUAUGCCCCUCUCCCUUUCAACCUAGACUACUACACGGAAGUGCAAGACCUGUCUUAUCUACUCCCACACCUGGAAGCCGAGUCGUCCCGACUAUCUCACGAGAAAUUCGGCGCCUUGAAUCAGACUAUCAUCGACCUCGUCGAGGAAUUCGCGCUGGUCGGAUUCGAGACGCUGGCCGUUGAAGAUAAGAAGAGUAUGAUGAGUCUGCUUAACGCUAUUGAUCGUGUCUCCGGGUAUGCCUUUGGUCCCGCCGAGGGCGCGAAUGAUACCGUCUGGAAGGUUGCGGUUCGCGAGGGGAUGGGUGUUACGGAUGUGCGGGAUGUGCAGGAGCGGUGGCUUGACGCGAAGGAUGAGUAUGACGAGCUUGAAGAACAAGAGUUGGAGGAAGAGGUACGGUUGCGCAAUGCCGCGAGCCAGGUUGAAAAGACCGGCGCAGCGGAAACAGAUGGCGCGGCGGAUAGCGAUGAUAAUGGCGAUUUUUAUGAUGAAGAAGUGGAAAAGUGGAAGAACAACAUGCCAGACAGUGGCAUUCGGGUGCGCCGCAAGACAUGA